AUGGACCAUUCGGCAACACCUGCCGUAAAAGAAGAGGAGGACGAACACUUGGCUUUGCCUUCGUCGCCAGCACCGGCAAAUAACACCGAGGAGGCGACCGCUGGCUCUCCUGAGAAGGAGAAGGCGAAUUCCAACGAAGACGAACAGGAUAAGAAGAAGCGCAAAACAGCGGCCAAAACAACAAAAAAGCCUUCAGAAGAGGUGUUACAGCGGCGUCGAGAGGGCCGUAUUAAGGCGGCGGCCACAAUCGCUCAGAACUUGAAGAAAACUGGAAUUGGCCGUUUCGAAGAGCACAACGGCUUCAAGCUCACUGCUGUAAAGACAGUGCCGUUGAUCAACCAGAAGAACUACUUUGCAGAGUACUUGAAGAAAGAUGAGCAGGCUACGUUGAUCCGAAACUGGCGUAACGAGAAGCUGAGUCUUCUGAAACCCAAGAGCGCCAACUCCGACAAGAAAACGGAGGAAGAUGACGAGGACGAAGACGACGAUGACGAUAACGACAACGACGAAAAUGAUGAAGAAGAAACCGAAAACGGUGGCUCUAGAGUGAAGAAAGCAGGACACGAUACCAUUGUGCUCCAGCCUGGAUCUUCCUUUAUCCGCUUGGGUCGAGCCACUGAUCCUACUCCUGUCGCUGUUCCCGCCGUCGUUGCCUUUAAAAGAAAGCUUGCAGAAAAAAGCCAUCAGAAAUUGCCUUUGAGAAGAAUUGUCGAUGGUGAAGUCGAUUUUGGUGAACACUUUGAGGAAUUGAAGGGUAUUGUAACCAAGGACUUCAAGGCCAGAAUGAGAUACUACAAGCGCCGCGUACAGCCCAACUCCCGAGAUCAGGCCGCUGAGUUCAACAGUAAGCAAAGAGGAGAGCCUAUCGACGUGAACAACGAGCCCUCGCCCAAGAAUUGGUUACCAGAAAACGACGAACUUCUCAACAACGAAUUCAUUGCCGGCGCUCCCGCCUUGGAUAUUCCCAUCAGCGAGUCUUUCGACGAAUGGCAUCACCGUUUUCCCAUUGUCAAUGGUACGUUCAAUCAAAGCACAGCGGACUACCUGUCUCCUCAGGAGCUCUUUGGUGAUGUGACUCGUCUCACCCAAGCUGCUUUGGAGCAAAUCAAUGUUGGAAAAAGCCCGCAGGAAUUGGCAAAUCUCAAGUGCUUGCUUGUGAUUCCUGACCUAUACGACAAGGCAUACGUGGAGACCUGGUGUGAUCUUCUUCUUCACUCUGUGUGUUUCGGUAAAGUGGGCAUCAUUCAGGAAGCCGUCGCAGCUACAUUUGGUGCUACUGCCUCUUCGGCUUGUGUCGUUGAUGUUGGUUCCGAAAUGACCACCAUUUCUUGCGUUGAUGAAGGUAUGAUCAUCAACGACUCCAGAAUCCGUCUUGACUACGGCGGCAAGCACGUCACUGAGACUCUCACAAAGCUACUAUUGCAACAAAAAUUUCCAUACCAGGACAUUGAUUUAAGCUCCUUCAAUGAUGACUGGCAAUUGGCUGAGGCCAUCAAACACGAGUACGGUACAUUUAAUGACGCAGACAUCGCCGUACAACUUUAUGACUUCUACAAGAAAAAGCCCGGAAAGCAAACAGAGAAGUAUUUGUUCAAGGUUUACGAUGAGGUGAUGCUAGCGCCUCUUGGGCUCUUCUACCCCGACAUAUUUGGCAUUCCCAAAGAGCAUAGGGAAAGGCCAUUGCUUCCUGAAUCUUUUGAUCAGUAUACUGGUGAGCCUAACAAUCCCUACUCCAAAGCACACGAAAACUUACAAGCGGGUCAUGCCUACUCAGAUAUGACAGAUGAGGCAUUAUUGGUAAAGCUUGCAGAGGAAAAGGCUAAUCUGAAACAGGCCAGUGCUCCAAAAGCAUUGAACACACAGGGUCAGAUUGACACUCUGCUGCCUGUUAUAGCGCCUCUUGAUAAGGCCAUCAUCGAAUCUAUCACCAACGCUGGUAUUGCUACGGAUUUUGGCAAAGCUAGAAAGCUUUAUGACAACUUGCUCGUUGUUGGCGGAGGUUUGGCCAAAUUCGAUAACUUCGAUGUUCUUCUCAAUGACAGAAUCAACAUCUGGCGGCCCAAGUUCUUGUCGUCCAGUGCCUUGGAUGAUGUUCUCACAUACGUCAGCAAAGAGAAGGACAAGAUGGACAAUAAGCGCAAGCAAUUGAUCGAAGAGGCCAAGAAGAAAAAGAAGGGAGGUCUGUCGUCUGAUGAUGUGGAGUUGACGGAGGAGGAACUCGAUGCCAUUGACAGCGAAACACAGCUUUACGUGGAUCUUGAUCGUGCUGAUGGACUCAGUGAUCAAGGUCUGGUUGUGGCUGUGAAUGUGCUCCCGCCUCCAAAGGAGUACGAUCCAAGAGAAUUGACAUGGAAGGGAGCGAGUGUUUUUGGGCGCUUGAAGGUGGCCAACGAGAUGUGGAUCACCUCGGCAGACUGGGAGCUUCUCAACUCGCGGACGCUCUACUACAAGAGUUUGUUCAACUAUUAA